GGUCCAUAAUUUAACAUCUUCUCCUCAAAUUAAACGAGAUUGCGGGACGCAUCUAGCAUAAAUAUCCGAGCUUGCCAAAAUCUCAUGCAGUACAUGCACGUCACGCGCGUCUAAACAAAUAUUCACCUCAGAUGACACCACUUGAACGUUCAAAACUAAAUUUAUUCAUGAUGAAAGAAAGAUUUGGGACAGUUCAUUCUUUUGCUUUAAUUUUGUUUGAGCAGGUUGGGAAGCCAAGCUAAAGCAGAUGAACUGUUUUUUCGGCGCGCUUUUUAAUCACAAUACACAUUCUGAUUGGUGCAGUGGUGUUUGAUUGACAGGGUAUCACAUGACCCAACCACAAUUUCUCAAAGGCGUGAUUGCAUUGAUUUUCUAACGAGUCUCUCGGUAUACUCUCUUCGACCUUCCUAAUCAGUUGUUCGUCCCUGUAAAGUCGCCGCAUUUCAGUUGUCUUCGAAGGCGACCGCUGUAGCAAUGUUUAAGUUUUUUUCAAGAACACGAGACAGGAGCUCAGGACAUCUGAAGGACAAACUCGGCAAGGAUCUGUUUCUCUUCAACAAGGUUUGCUUUAGCGCUUUCUGGCUCGUUCUUUGAAAAGAAUAUCGUUCGGUAGACAUGUGCUCGCUAUUAAUACCCUCAAUUUGUUGCAGGCUGUAGAGCAUGGAUUUCCACCGAAGCCUUCGGCAAUUGCUCAUGAUUCAGAGCUAAACUUACUGGCUAUUGGGACAAGCAAUGGAUUGCUUAAGAUGUAUCCUUUGGUUGUAAAUAUGCGUAGUACUUUUGGUUGCUCUCUCCCACCCUUUUCCAUUCCAGACAAUUCUUAUGUUUUUGUCCUCGAAGAGUUUUGUAACAUCUUCAAAGGACAACUAUUAGCUCCGAAAAAUCCGGAGAUAUGGGGCCAUUUCUGCGAAUUAGCUACAGUUAAGCUGAAAACAUCAGCUCCCAGACAGCAAGUUGUAGAUCAUGAUUUGAUUAAAAGCGAUCUGGGAAUGCCACGAACACUCUAGCAAGUGUAAAUUUGUUGCUCGCCUCAAACACAGCUUAACAUUGGUAGUCUUGUUAAAGAAGUUUUUGUUUCGCUUCCAAUGUACUUCAAGUAGGUCUUGUGACUUCACCUUCCGAAAUGUUUUGAUGUCGUUUCAAGUGGAAUUGGCUUGCAGGAAACCUCCUACGUGCUCUGAACAGGAUUGGAUCUUUCUUGAGGGUAGAAUUUGCAUGCAAACCAGACGUGAUUAAAAGAAGAAAACCUUGAAGAUAUCGCCUCUGAAUUACCCAUUGCCACGGCUUCUAAAUUAGGUAUCUGGGCCAACGCGAAAGAGCUCAAAUUUUGCAUAAACAACGUGGAUUACCCUUCGAACGCACGUGGACCAGUCGUAAGUUACGUUUUGUAAACUCGCGUCCGCGUCGCUAUCAUUAGUAGAAAGUAUCCUCGCAUUUGUAUAAGGUUCCUUCUGGAUUUUUUAGUGGCUGAUGAUAUUUUUUGCUAGCUGUUCAAACGAAGCUGAUCUUUGAUCACAAAAUUAAGAUCCUUGAAGCAACAACUAUCGCGGUACCAGGUUCUUAUUUCAAGAGUCGAAAUAUGCGAGAAGGAGAUGUUAAUUUUGAAAAACGAAAAUCAGCAUGUUGUUGCCUCUAAAUAAUUCUAAAUGAUAAAGUUAAUUUGGGCUCAAGCCGAGUUAGCAAAAGAAAUAAACACCUAGCUCUUUAAGGUGAAACUGAAACAAACUUCUGAAAUUUACAUGAAACAAAAAAUUCCGGGUCGUCGAUUUCAUUUCGCCGACAUAAUUUCAUUCAUAAUUAAGUGCAACGCCGUGUUGCCUUUUCUCUUGGCGUUAGGUAUCCGGAGUAAGUCUUCUCGUUACAUUUUGUUAAUCGUAUACCGCACCUGCCAUGGGAUAACCUCCUUACCAAUUUAAGUCUGCAGGGCAAAACUCGCAAAAGUGCAUUAGGUAUUUGAGUCACGCGGGUACUUCUAGUGUUUACCACGUAUUCUGUAUGCAUGAAACCCCCGCGAAUUUUUCUUUGACGUGUUUGCCAGCUAUGGCCGUCCUGGAGUGGAGCUUUCUGCCAGCCAUCAGAACGAAACAGUCAUCCAAGAGUUGCACUUUUUGCCUGAACAGGUAAGUGACCAACAAAAAGCUUGAUAUUUCAUGUUUCAUGUUUGUAAACUUCUGUCGACAGAGGGGAAAAUGGAGGGUGUGUUUGCGAGGGUGGGGCUUUUAAAUUCAAUUACGAAGGGAAAAUUCUAGUUUCUGACCCAGCUAGAGGCUAAAUCAGUAGUUGCCCAUGUUAUGGAACGGAGUCCACUUUGUGUUUCUUAUCUGUGUUGUAAUCCAUUUCGUCCAGGGUUUUCUAGCACAGGAAAUCAAUACAUGUCUAUAUUUAUUUUGUCUGCCAUUUAGUUAGAAUAAAUUUAGGUAUUGAUUUUAACCACUGGAAUAACAUUGUGCGAAGACUUGUAUUGUUUUUAGUCAAGGUCUUGUUAAAAAUCAAACGAGCUUGCCUUUAAACUACUUAUUGUGGUCUCAUCUGGAUAUUUUAAUUGUGUUACAAAACGAAAUUUCUUUGACGCAAAAAAUUCAAAUUCUGAUAUUGGCAUUUGUUUGUAAGUGAAUAAAUUCUCUUUCGCUGAAUAAACUAUUAGAGCCUUGUUACAUUCAUCCAUCAUAUUUGGUGUUUCCAAGAGAUCAACUCCCCGAUUAUUGCUAGAUGACUGUUGGAAAUUCCAAUAGUUUUGAAAGUAUUGGUUUGCAUGUGAUAUUAUUCUUGAAUCUUGCCCAUGGUCAAAUGUUGAAGCAAAAUUAUGCAAAUUUAAAUUGGAGGCCACUUCCUUUCCCAUUUGAUUUUUGUUUUUUCAACCUUUUUCAAUCCAUGGUAGUCCCAAAUGUUCAUCUCUAUGAACUCUAAUUUUUCUCAUAUCACAGAGAACACUUAUGUGCACACGUUGUUAAUGACGUCAGUAUUAUAGAACCAAGCAGUGCAUUAAAUCAUGAAUGAAAUUAAAAUGAAAUCUCCUUUAAGGGACCCCUCUUCUGAAUGUACGCAAGUUGGCUGCUUGUAGGUAAAGGCUUGCCAAAAUAUAUCUUGACUUAUGAUUGAGGCCUGCAGAAAAUGUUGUUAACUGUUGAAACAUAUGUAUAUGUUGUGUGCAGUCUGAGAUUCACAAAAGUUUGCAAUGCCCUCUGUCUACUGGCACUUUUACUUGAAAAUUUGUUGAAAAUUCUCACAUACCAAAGUGGUUCGUGGGUCGCUAUAAUUUCUGCAAAGUUGUGCAUGCAACAUUGGCUGUAUCAGCAGUGGAAACUAGAGACUGGGCAAAGUCCAUCUCUUUAACAUUUUAAUGGUUUAAAACUUUGUGACAUCUAGAAGAUUUUGCUGCAUUUCUCAGUCAACCAUUUCCAAAUAAAAACCAAAGUACGCAAUUUAUUAGCCUUUAUUAGGAAUAUAACACAAUGUUGUGUGACUUGGAGUCGUUGUGAUAGUGGGAAGUUGUCCACAGGCUUUUAAUGCCAAUGAUUUUGUGGAAGAGACUGUCUGAUUGGUGGUUCUUGGUAAUUGUAUAGUAGAACUUGCACUACCAGUAAAUAUUUUUGGGCAUUUCUGCAAUGUCCUAUGAAUCACUUAUAGAGAAAGGUUGCUCAACCCCUUGAUGAUAUCAAAAUGUGUUCAUCCUAAACUACACUUCUUGUGAUGUAAAAAAAUUGUCCAUUUUGCACACAGUUGUAAGAGGUCUUUCUUAUGUUGUUUGUUUCUAGCUUUUUAUGACUCUGAUGUAGCAUGUGAAGGAACAUUUAAAUCGUGCUUUUAUGUAAGCUAUAUAUUGAUUAAGUUGGCAACCAAAAUGUAUGAUCUGGCAACAAUUUUUUUCCCAUUUGUCACUGGCAGGCUCCUGUAAACACACAAAAAACAUCAACUGUGGGCCAUAAUAAGUAGACAUGGCUGCUCACAAGAACGUCUGUUAAGAAAGCUUCAACUGUGUUUCCAAAUUCCCUUUCUGUUGUGCACAAAACCCUAAACCUUGUUUAUUUUGCGGCAUUGUAAAUUGGCUGCUUUAAUUUUGUUUGUAUGCACUAGUGCAUAAAUACUUUGCACAUAUGAUCCAUUUCCAUGAAGUAUUCCUUUUUAUUUGCCAGGUAGACACCUAUUUCAGGGAUUUUGUGAUUGAUCUCACAAUUUAAAGAAAAAAACAUCUCUCGAAUUCCCCCAGCAAGUUUUUAGUGAAUUAAACUACAUAACAGUCUGCUUCAUCCUAACUACGAUGUUGGAACUCAAUAAAGCAGUGCUAAAAACAAGGCCUAAUCCAAUUGUCUUUUCUUCCCUCAGACAGUCACAGUUCUCUUUGUUUUAUAAUAAUAAUAACAAUCUUUUAAUAGGAUGCUCCAUCACAAGAGUGGUUUACAUAGAGGUCCUAAUUACGAGAUGUAUAUUAUAUAAUACAAUUAAAAUAUAAAAAGGUUAAGCUAAAAUCGAUAUAUAUGAUACAAAAAAAAAAUAAAAUAAAAUAAAAUAAAAUAAAAUUCAAGCUAAAAUCGAGUUACAGAAAUAAUUAAAACAUACACACUACAAGUACUCAAUUAUAAAAAGCAGAAAAAAGACACUUCUUAAAAAUUGGAAAACUUGGUGAGUUUCUUACAGUUCUCUCUAAUUCAUUAAAGUCUUUGAAACAGUGGUACCGCGAACGUUGUUUUCCCCAAUUAUAUUUAAUUUUGGGGAGCUUGAUAGUAUCGUUAUUGCGCGUAUUGUAGGAAUGUAUAUCACUCUUUCUUACAAUGUCCAAAGAAUGAUUAAGUUGGCCAUUAAUACACUUGUAUGCAUAUAUACAUCGAUGACAUUUCCUACGUUCUUCAAGAUUCAGCCAUCUCAAGACAAUCAAUGCAUCGGUGGAUGAGGAGUGAGGUGAUCUAUCUAAUACCAACUUAGCUGCUUUGUUCUGGAGAAUUUGCAAUUCCUUCAUAAGUGAGACAUUGUCCUUGUCACCCCAGACUAAAUCAGCAUAAUCAAAAAUAGGUAGCACUAAGCUAUUAUAAAAAAGUAACCGGGCAUCAUAAGGUAAAUAAUACUUAAUCCUACGUAGAAGACCAAGGUUUUUAUUAACCUUACAUGAAAUAUACUCAAUAUGGUCGGACCAUGUGAAAGUUGAAGACAACAUAACUCCCAAAUAUUUAAAACUACUUACAGAAUUUAUAUCAGUGUCAAAAAUAGAUAACGUGAAAGAGGAAAUACCAACAAGUUUCCUAUUACUGCCUAUAAUCAUGGAUUUCGUCUUAGUAAGAUUUAAAGUUAACUUAUUUCCAUGUAACCACUGGGCAACUUUCAAGAGAUCAUCAUUCAGUGCCUCUUCUAACAGGUGUGGCUCUUUAGCAAAGUAGUACAGGACCGUGUCAUCAGCAUACAAAGUCACUUCGCAAUUCUUUAUAACCAGCGGAAGGUCAUUAAUAUAAACCAAGAAGAGAAGCGGUCCUAGAAUGCUCCCCUGUGGCACCCCAAAGGUCAUCGGGAGAGGGUCAGACACAGCAUCGCUACAGGCAGUCCGCUGUUUACGAUGAUUCAGGUAAGACUUGAACCACUGUAGAGUGCUGGGCGAGACACCGAUAGCCGACAAUUUAGAUAGCAAGAUCGUAUGGUCAACGGUAUCGAAUGCCUUGGUCAGAUCUAGGAACACUGCACCGCACAGUUCUCCACUCUCCAUAUGCAAUAGGACCUCAUCUGCAAAACUGGUGAGAGCCGAUGUUGUAGACAGUUUGGGACGGAAGCCAAAUUGUUUGCUUGAAAGGAGAUUAUUUGAAUUCAGAAAGUCAUAGAAUUGGGAAUGGACGACUUUUUCCAGAAUUUUACUCAUUGUUGGCAGAAUAGAAAUUGGGCGAUAAUUUGACGAUCUCUCCUAUCUCCAGUUUUGAAAAAGUGCAGCCACUUUCGAGCAUUUCCAUAUUUCAGGAAAAUUGCCAGUGCGAAUAGAGAGAUUCAGUAACUUGGUGAUCGAGGGACAAAUAGCACGCGCCACCACACUUUAAAAAAGUCUCGCACUGAUGUUGUCCAAGCCAAUAGCUUUAUUUGUCUUUAGAGAAAGCAGAUGCUUGAGUACUGUUUUCUCAUCAACUUCGCUCAAGCGAGAAAGACUGUAGCAUCGUGGCCGAUCUGACUGGGAACAUAGCAGCAGCUGAUAUUUUAUUUGCAAGACUUCUGCCAAUGGAUGAGAAAUAACAGUUGAGCACGGAUGCAAUAGAGGCUGGGGUGGUGUGUUCAACACCAUCAACUACGAUACAUUGUGGGCUCGAGGAUUUAGUCUUCUUGCCAAGACACCUCAUUCACCGCCUUCCAGAUCUUUCCUGAAUCCCUUUAGCCUCUAAAAUCAAGUCACAAUAAUACUUGGAUUUUGCUGCCUUGACUUCACGAUUGACCCUAUUUCUUAACUUUCUAUAGCGAGCCCAGUGAAAAGCAGAAUUGGUUUUCACGGCUUUACGAUGGUGAAAAUCACGAUCCUUCAUCACCUCACUGAUUGUAUCAUUCAACCACGGAGCGGAACACCUCGUAUUCUUCGCCUUUUCACGGGCGCAUGCAGGUCAGCUAUUUCAGAAAACAAGUGAUUCCAAAUAAACACGGCGUCGUCGAUGUCUUCCUCGUUUUCAAUGAUGUGCCAUGGGGCGUUAUUCAAGUCCGCUAGGAAGGUGUUCGCAUCAAAGUUUUUAUAAGAGCGGUAUUCAAUUGUCUUCGGUGGUGCCUUAAUUACACCUGCUUUUAAAACACAAUAGACGAGGUAGUGAUCACUCAGCGAAACAGGAACAACACCGAGUCAUUGAUGCGGUGAUCAUUGUUCACUAAAAUCACGUCAAGCAAGGAUUGACAGGUUUCCGCCACUCGGGUGGCCUCAGUAAUGAGUUGCGUAAGAUCGUGUGAAGUUGCAAAUUUUUAAGCUCUUGUUUUUCUUUCUUUCUUGAAAAUGGCAGCAUAUUUGCAUUUAGGUCGCCAAGAAGCACGAAAUCACAUUUUUCCAGGUUAACUUUAAGUCAUAGAUAUCUCCAAGUUUGAAAUAAAGUUCGCAAAGUCAAAACCGGGGCUCUAUAUGCACAACAAAUCAAUACUGGGCGACAUUUAGUGCGCGAUAGCUCAAUCCAUAGACAUUCAUUUGCGGCUGAGUAAAGAUCAUUCCAACACGAAACGGCAAGCCUUCCUUUACAUAGAUUGCUACUCCACCAAAACCUUCUUUGGCUCCAGACCUAUCCAGGCGAAUGCAAUUAUAUCCUGGAAUAAUAACAUGAGAGUCUUCAUAGCAGUCAUCCAGCCAAGUCUCACUGAGUGUAAGAAUAUCGAUCGUUCUGUUAUCCAAACCCUCCAGGCGCAGCGAGUCUGAUUUGUUCCUCAAGCUUCGAAUAUUUAGAUGAGCAAGCCUCAAUCCUCGUGAACUCCUAACAUCCUCCAAACUCUUAUAUCCAGGGUUGAGUUCAACAUCUCCGGCAAGCGCUAUUAGAGCCAAGGCUAGAGAGCCAUGAAGUAUAAGCUUGCACGUAAUAAAGCCUUUCUGGAAAGCUCCGACUGCUUGGUGUUUUGCUGGACGCCGUGCCAGAGAGUGAAAAGAUUGAAUUUUAAUCCUGCAAGCUUCUUGGGAAGCAAAAUAUAGGUUGCUACUAUUGCUUAGUGGCUUCGUUGAUGAUUUGUUUUGUUUUAUGCCAUUCAAGAUAAGAAACAGGCAGAGCAGGAGGCCAAAAUUAACGGACAACGUGGUAACGCAUCCAGCCAUCUUGCCAAACCUUUCUCAUUGUACACCUUUGCUGCUACAUUUACAUUCCUUGGGCAUUGAUUAUCUUGUAAAGGAUGUUUUAGACACUUGCUUUUUGACAGUAUGUGGUCUUGAAAUAGCUAGUGAAGGGGAAAAAGACAAAAUAAGUGCAUGAUUUUGUCUCUUGCUCUGUUUGAUCCUUUUUCUCCUGCUAUGCCUAAUGGGAUGUAUUGUGUGCUAUUAACCAUUCCCUGUUAUCAUGGUUUGUAAAACUUUAAAGCUGCAAAUUUAGCUAAUUAAGCUUCUAAUUUUGGUACAUUAGUUCACAAACCUACAGGAUUAGAACAUAUUCCUUGUUUGUAACGUAAAAUAUACUGGCUGACCCAAUUACAGAUUUAUGACUGCUGCUAAAACAUAUAAAGAAUCUUCUUUGUUUACAAGACAAAGUGGUUGAAAUUAUCUGUUGGGAAACUCAGUGGUUAGAAUGGCAGACAAUAGUUUGGCAGGUCAUGCAGUGAGUUCUAACCUGUAAAGCUUCUUUUAUCAUGAAAUUAAAAAAAUGAUGUAUUCCUAAAAUUGAGAUCAUCAAGAUGUAAUUAGCUGGGAAAAUUAAGUAAGUGAUGAUGUCUAUUUUGGUGAAAAAUAAACAGCCUUGAAAUUAAGGGAGAAAAACCAAGCAGUACUGGUGAAUAAAAGUGCAGAUGCUUCUUUUAGGACCAUGAUGCAGGGCUGCCUCUAAGAUCCAUGGGCCACGAAUAUUUCCUGUGACUACCAUAAGCAUAACCCUCAACUACUUUCAUAGGAAACAAAGGGAAAAUAAAAGCAAAAUGACUUUCUAAAAUAAGAAUUCCCCAAUUGCUAAUUGCAUCUACAGGGUUCUCAUUAGGUUUUAAAGUAGACAGCUAUGAUGUUAAAGUAGGCGGCUUAGCAAUCGAAUCCUGAAGGUAAUUUCAGGCUUUCUCUCUCUCACUUUACCAGUAGAUGACUCAGACCUCAAAGUAGCCGGGUAUUUUAGCUAGUUCCGGCACCUAAUGAGAACCCUGCAUCUACCCGGUGAACUUGAUUUCUAAGUGACAUCCCUGACACAAUGAAAUGCCACCAGAUUCUAUUGAUUGCUAUUCUUGUGCUUUCCUGUUGUUUAAUUAUUGCUUCAGCUGAUGUCUGUUAUGACUAUUUUUAGGGACGAAUCAUCAGUGUUUGUGAUGAUGGUGAGCAGAACACCAUUCAUCUGUGGGAGGUAAACAAAAAAGAGGGGAAAUCUGUUCUUGAAGAGGUGAAGACAUGCACAUUAGAGGGAAGGUAAGACAGAUGUUAUUAAAAAAAAAGAAAAUAAAGGUUUAAAGGGUUGUUUAUGGUGGAAAGUACACUUAGCUUAUGCAGCUACUUUACAGGCACUGCACUCAAAUACUUAGAAACAAAUAAUUUAAACAUAACAUAGCAGGAUUAAAAACCCUAACUGACAGGAGGCAACCAGUUGGCUAUUUACAAGUGUAGCCAAGGAUUUGAACUCGUGACGACCGAGAACAAAUACAGCAAGUGGCCAGAUGCAGACUUGAACCUGGGACCGGGGGAUUAUGAGUCUAACGUGCUGACCACUCGGCCACACUGCCUCCUGUUAUUGUUUUCAUAAGUUUGGGGUUAAUUCAUUUUUAAAACAUACAUGACUGUAUUGUAGCCCUCAGUUCUACCUGUUGGAGGUAUCGUUUUAAAGCUUACAUGUUUAAAAACAGCAAAAAUUUCCAACAGGCAGAUGCAAUGGCUAUAUGUGAGUGCUGCAAAUGAACCGACCUAUAUAUAUCAAUAUUGCUGUAGACAAUUGGUUGAUAAUAGACACUUCUGAUCAUUAAUGUGGCCACUGUUGCUAUUUCAUUUUUGCCAUUGGUUGAGGAAAGCUUUCAGCAUAGCUUGAAGAAGUGCCAACAAAGUUUUAAUCCUCUUUGAAGGGUGUGAUGUACAGUUAAGACCAAAGGAAUUGCAGCAUUACACAUGUUUGUAUGUUUAAAUUGCAUAUAAUCAGGGUUUUCAAUUAAGAGCCAGCGGCUGGCGAAAUGCGCUGGCUAUUUUAGAUGAACUCACUGCCUACUCUUUUUUGGAAAAUACCCCAGUUUAAAUACAGUAUUCAUGUGCUGUCCCCGAAUAAAAAGCCAAAAGUUAAUGAUGUCUGUGUUCUUUUCAAAUAAUCUAAGUUUUGGUCCAGAAUGCUGGAAAUGCAUUCUAAGAGGCCCAGAUAUCAAAAUGUUUCAAGGGGAGUUGCCCCAGGAUCCCCCAUAGAAACUCGCACCUUCAGCGCUUGCGAGUUGUGCCUUUGGCGCAAGUUUUUUCCUUGUCUGCCUACUCCAAAGCUUUUGCCACAUACUAAUUAUAACCGUACUGAAAACCCUGAUAUAAGUCCAGCAUAUUGCACACACCUAUAAUUCUUGCAAUUGCUUUGGGCUGUAUCAUAGAGCACUGUGUUCUGAUUUUUAAUUAUAGAGUAUUUACUUCCGUUGUCUUUUGUUAAUGUGUGUAGACUGAAAAAGAUCUCUGUGUGCUGCUUGUCCAUGAAAAGCAAUCGCCUUUACCUUGGAACAGAGGGUGGAAACAUCUACUUGUUGGAUAUCAAUUCUUUUGAACUCCAAGAAUACAUUAUCUAUCAGGAUGUGGUCAUGCAAAGGUACUUUGAAUCAUAAAGAAUAAAAAUUUGUAUCUUUUGGCUUUUGGUUAGUAUAAAUUUGUAAACUGUCUGGCAGUUGUUUCAAGAACUGUAUAUAAUUUUCUUUUGGUAGUGUGCAGGAAGAGAGCAAAACAAAUGCAGGCUCGGUAGAAGCAAUUCAAGAACACCCAGAUGAUUCAAACAAGGUUAGAACACAAAUUAGUGAGGCAGUGAUUUUGUUACAAAUAGUUAUGGUGAGUCCUGGGACUCAUCUUGUGAAAAAUCAUGACUUUAUGUGACAAGACAGUUAAUCUCAAGACACACUCCAAAACUCUAUAUUACAGUACACUGAAAUUAAAAUAUAGUCCUUUUAUUUUAAAGCACAACAAAGGCAUUGUUAAACAAUAGCACAGAAAUUACACAAAUGAGGUAUUUCCACAAACACACAUGUUCAGAUAGAUCAAUCAAUCUUUAUGUCCUAUGGGAUGCAUGUCAUGAAUUGUUUCGUGUCUUAAGGCAUUUUAAUGCGUCAGGGGUGCGGGAUGCAGAGGUACAUGUUCGUAACAAAUCACUGCUGAUGAUAGUUUUCUUGUCACUCAAGGGUGGAAAAUUUAGUGUACCGGUACUUGAAACUGCUGUAAGUGACCAGGACUGUCAAUAAGGGCCAGGGGGCAAGGAUAACCAGCCCCCUGCUGCUUUCAUCUUAAAAAGACGGAAAAUAUGGGCAAAAGAACUUCUAACCUUUUUAAUUUCCUGCCAACUAAUUCAGGGCUUCGAAUAGUGGCCAGUCAACGGACAAUGUCUGAUCAGAAUUGGGUAUUGACCAGUCUAAUCCUUGGAUUGCUGGGCAUGUUGUCCAGUCAUUUCCUUGUUCAAAGAAAUUUUAAUUUUUAACUAUUUGGUAAGAGACAAAAUUAUGAGACAAAUUGGUCGUUGAGGAAUUCCUGGUAGUCGCAAAUUUCCAUGAUGUCAUCAAGGUCCUGUCGCAAGGGCAAAUCAUCAUGUCUUCCAUUUUGUUUACUUUAAGUGCUCCCAAUUAGUAGAGGGUUUACCUUUGUCUAGAUACCUUUGGCUCUUAAAUAAAGUGAUUGAUUGAUUGAUGGGAAAGUACCCUCACAAAGAAUAAUCUCGUAGCACCUAGAAUACCCUGUGUAGCAGUUGUUGCAAACUGUGAAAAGCAAACGGAAGUCGCAAAACCUGUCAAUCUGACCACCCUUUUAUUGUAACAAAAAGUCACAAGUGUAACUAUAAAAUAAAAGUCUCUGACUACUACUAAAAAAAUAAAAAAAGCAAGAAAUGUAAAAAGAGAGUUUGUCUGUAUUUGUUUGCCUGCAUGCAAAUAUUUUCUGUGUUAUUAUUAACCUCUGAAUUGCAAGGUUCAGUCAACAUCCUGUCUGUUUUAGAUGAAGGAAAACUUUUAUAUACACAAAAUAUUGUUAUUUGCAAUGCAUUGAAUGUCCCACGAUUUUUCUGCCAAAUUUCGAAAAUCCUAAGACGUUAUGAAUUUAACUUGCAAGUUAAGUGUGUCCUGUUUGACCUGACAACAUGACCAGCAUCUGUCUGGCUGUUAUUUGAAGCUAUGUAAUUGCAUGCCAUAUUUCCCUGAAUAAGCACAGACUUCAAUUAAAAAUUUUGGCUAAAAGGAGGGCACUUAAUCAAGGGGGACACUUUUAAGUCUCUGUAACCUUAAUAGAAAAGCAAAAACUACAGCAUUGUUGAUGUAAAUAACUUGUUAUGUUGUUGAACAGAUUCUCAUUGGCUACAAGAAAGGCCUGGUUGUUCUGUGGAACCAUGCUAAAUGUAGUGUUCAAGCCACAUUCAGCAUCCAGUCAUCUGAACAACCUCAAGAAGUAGAAAGUGUAAGCUGGCAUUCUGAUGGAACAAAGUUUAUCAGUGCUCAUGGCGAUGGCAGCCUCACCAAAUGGAGUCUUGAAAGAGGACCUGAAAUACCUAAAGCCGUCACUCCUCUGGGGCCUUUCCCCUGCAAAGCAAUCACAAAAGUUGAAUGGAGUAGUUCAUCAGUGUUCUUCAGUGGUGGCAUGCCUCGCGCCAGCUAUGGUGAUCGGCACUGUGUUUGUCUCAUUCAAGACGCAAACUUGGUUGAUGGAGGUGACAACACACCCCAGGUUGCAUUUGACUUUACAUCUCGUGUUGUUGACUUUUUCACUGUGAAAAAGGAAGGAGAGGGUGAGUGAACAUUCCAGCUGUACAACUGUUGAUGGUCAUAACAUCCUUAACUUAAAGUUGUUGUGUGGUUUUUAAACAAUAGCUGAUCAGUUUUCAAAGGCCAAUGAAAUAGAGGUUUCUGAGAGGCCUGUAUGUUUUUCAUGGUCAGUUACCUGCUGGGCAAGCAAAGUUUGUUUCAAAGAGACUUGUAUAGUUUAGUUUGGGCUUGCUUUUCAGACUAGUAAUCUGAAACAAAAUAUCGCCCUUCUGGCCAGCUGAUUUUUCUUGUUUUUGUCCUUUUCUCUUGUGUAGAACCAGCUUAUCUUGUGGUGCUGUGUGAAGAGGAAUUAGUUGUUAUUGAUCUUGUGACCAAGGAGGCAGGGUAAGAAUAAGUUUUCAUAACAAUAAACUUGGACAUGGUUGCCACAGAGUCGGGAAAUAGGAAGGGAAAAACUUUCUUCGUGGUCAGGGAAAAGUCAGGGAAAAGUCAGGGAAUUUUACUUCCAAGUCAGGGAAAAUUUAAGUCUUGGAAAGAUGUCAGGGAAAAGGGAAAUUUUGAGAGUACAUAUUUAUUCUUUUCCCCCAACUUUUAUUGUUUUGUGACACCUAAAAUUCUUUUGUACAUUUUAUGGACAUGAAUCAUGUUGCAUCAAUAAAAAUAUUGUUCAUGAAAUUGAAUGACAAACCGGAUGUUGGGUUUUCAAGAAAGUCAAUCCUUUAUUGCACAUAUUGUCGAGGAACUAUCAAUAUUCAUGUACCAAGAACAUGACUUGACAUGGCUGAAAGAAUAAAGAAAUGGCUGUGAGGAGAGGUUUGAGUCCAUUUCCAGGACUAAUUUGUGAUUGGUCAGGGAAAAUUUACAUUUGUCAGGGGAAAAGUCAGGGAAUUUCAGAAACCUCUGCUUGUGGCAACCAUGUUGUAGUGAAAUUGAUGCGAACCACAUUAAUUUUGCGAAAGUAAAAAAAAAAGGUCGUUGAUGCAGGUGAUCCUUUGCACAGGUUUCCCACCUUCAUGAAGCCUUACCUUGUAUGCCUGCACUCUUCUCCCAUCACUUGCUCAAGUCAUAGCCAUGACUGCCCAUCAAGCUUAUUUGACCAGAUAGCAAAUGCUGGAACCAAACAACUGGCAACAGACUUCUCGCAGGAGGUAGGUUGUAGUGUGAUACGUACUCAGUAAGGAAAAAUCUAGAAAAUUUGUCUGUGCAUUUUUGCUUGAUAUGAUUUCCUCAAAAGGCUGCCAAGUUACAAAACAUUAGUGCUGGAAAAGGUUUACAAAACCUUGCCAUGAAAUUACUCCUUGUGUACUCUUAGGCAUGUUCGCACUUUGCCGGAUAGCUUCUUCGUGCUGACAUAAAUAGCCAUCUGGUAUUCUUUGUUUGCAACCAUGUUACAAGGGGGCCAUGUUGGGGGUCAAAAAGUUUUUCUUGAAGAAUUUACAAUACAAGAAUUUAAAAUAUAGAGUUGAGUUCCCAGAGGAGAGAAAUGCUUUUGUUCUUGACCACAGACAUGGCCACUGUGACGUCACGUGCAAACCAGCAACAUUAUUAACACCUAUCCACUAUUUGUCUCUCGACUUAAGAGAUUUGUGUGGUGCAGGUGCAUUUCCUCCGUUACGUGCCAAAAUCCCCUUUCUCGUGUGUGAACAGGAGCCGUACCCAGCAAAAGCUGUCUGGUAAAGUGUGAAUAUAGCCUUACAUUUUUUUAUUACUGCUCUUUUCACAAACAUGCGAAUUGUGAAGUUCAAAAGCCCACUAAUGAUUGCGUUUUUGCGUGCUGGCAAUCAUCUUAGUGGACCUCUUAGGAAACAAAACUUUACUUUAAUGGGUUCAAAAGGUCAUGGUUUGUGAUUUGUGAUUGGUGGAUUUCGAUCCGUUUUGUGUUCUGUGUUUCAAGGUUCGUUGCUUGUGAUCGUAAUUAUGACUGACGGCAGGGGAAAACGCAAUUGUGAAGGCGGCUUAUGAACUUUAGAGUUCGCAUGUUUGUGAAAAGCGCAGUAAGGGCUUAUACAGUCACCAUGUUACAGUAAAAUGAGUGAGAAAGGCAAAUUUACUUAGAUUAAUCUUGUUUAUCCUUGCAGAGCUGGCCCAUUACGGGUGGAAAAACUUUAAUUGAAGAACCUGAAGGAAAGGACCUUCUGAUAACGGGGUAAGCUGAUUAACAUGGGUUUAUUACCCUUUGACCCCUAAGUUAAAAUAAAAACAGUUGCCAUUUCUUAAUUUCUCCUUUGGUAACGCUGUUAAAAGAAGCGUAAAGGUCAACAAGGAAAGGAAAUGAUCAUCAAGUGCAACAGGUCUUGAUAAACAGAUUGUUAAACAGAUUCUCCAUGUUUCAGUGCCAUAUGAAAAAUAUUAAGAAAAGUGUAGAGAGCAUGUAUGCUGAUACUCAGGAUCAAGAUCAGGUUUAGAAGAGCUUCACCCACUUGCUCUUAUAAGACCUUGUGAUUCUGAAGUUUGCUAAGAAUGUAAUGAAAGAUCAUUUGAAAGAUUAAACCUUGAGAUUUUCUCUACAAUACUUUGAUAAUACAUAUAUGUAUUAUUAUUUUGGGAGUGAAAUGGUUUCAUUCUGUGAAGAAUUUCUGGAGCAGAUAAGUAAAAACUUAUUUUGCUUUGGAUUUGAAGCUGGAUUUGGUGCCAAUGUUGCCAAUAAAACAUCAUGGAAAAGGGAAAUGUUGUCUUUUUUGUUGGGAAAAAUGUUUCUAACUCUGUUUGUGCUUUGUUAUUGCAAACAAACAGCUGUUAACAAAAAAGUCCCUUGGACGUAUCACAAAAUACUCUCCAGUAGCCUGAGGCAACAUACAAGUCAUUGCAUGAUAGGAAGGCCAAAUUUGUUAACCUUAUCUGAAAUUAAUAAUAAAUAUUAAAUUGAUAGUUAGAAAUUUGGCUUGAUUCUCAUAGCUUAGGGCUAGUUGAACUGAAGUGCCCUUAAGGCAAACUGAUUUAAUCUCACCUGCUUGGUGCAAUUUUAUUUGUCAUUCUAAAUGGUUGUUUGUUUGUUUUUCUGAAAUCACUUUUCUGUUUUGUUUAUUUAUUUAUUUAUUUUUUUUCAGUCAUGAAGAUGGUUCAGUCAAUUUUUGGGAUGUUUCCCAACUUGAGAUGUGCCUCAUCUACACACUGAACACAGCCAAGUAUUUUGUAGGGGAGCAUGAAGGCCAUGAUUCUGAGGCGCGAGAGACUGAGGAAGAAGUUUGGCCUCCAUUCAAGAAGGUCGGUAACUACUGCCCAUACUCAGAUGAUCCACGAUUUGCUGUGACCAAGAUUGUUUUUUGCGCGUCUAAUAAGACCAUGACAGUUGCCGGCAAUGGAGGUCAGGUUCUCACCUUUGAUCUGUCAGAAGAGGAGACAAGCGUGGAAGUGCAGGUAUAGUACACUUUGAUGUUACAUCUAUUGCUACUUGUUAUUUUUUUUAACAGAAAUCAUAUUGUGUUCUGGAAGCACCGGAACUAGACCAGCAGACAAUGUUGGAAAAAAUGUUGCUUUAGUCAGCAUGGCUCAAGACUCCUGAAGCUUUUGUUAAAUCAUAGCUAACUGCAAUGAAUUAAUAAAGCAAGUGAUUAAUUACCUUAAAGGUGUAAUUAAUUAUCCCUUGUAAAUAAAUUAGUUAUCCUGCUGUAAAACUGAUUUUCUUUGCACCCUGUAAAGUUGCUUAUACCGCCUCAUUAAUAUUCUAUUGCCUGACAUGCAGCCCCUCAAUUUUUGUGGUCUCAGACAGCAGGAAAUAUUUUUUCUUUUACCAAAGCAUCUAUGACUAAGUUAAUGGUCAAAAUGUAAAUCAUUUGUUUUCCAAAUAGAUGGAAGAGCUUGAUUUCACUGAAGACAAGGAGAACUUUCAGUGGAAGGGACAUGGUCCAUUACUUCCAAAGGAAGGCUCAAUCACAGUUCCAGCUGGCUUCAAACUGCAAACAGGCCUGCAGCUUAUACCAGCUGCACCAGUUAGUGCAUUGGCAGUGGACACACGCUGGGGACUCAUCGCAGCUGGAACUGUCCAUGGAUUUGUUGUGUACGAUUGCUUGAAUAAGAAGAUGGUCACAUCCAAAUGGACUGUUAGUCAAGGUAGGGAGUACUCUGUAUUCAGAACAUAAACUACUUUUUCUCACAUCGAGAAGGAUACUAUAAAAAUAUAGCAUUGUUCACCAUUUAAGCAAUAGAAAACGUUUUCUUUGUUUGCAUAGCCUGAUAUAAACACGAGAGGGGUUUGGAGAAUUCGUCGAGGGUUUGCAUAACAGUUGAGAAUUCUCCCAACCCCUCUCGUGUUCAUAUCAGGAUGUGCAAAUGACGGAAAAAAGUUUUCUUUUGCUUUCAUAACUUAACUUUCUUGAGAAAAAAGCAACCUCUUUCUCAUGGCACUGAUUAAAAGAGAAAUUCUUACCAGUCGGAAAGUCUUGUACACGAAGUUUUGCACAUGUAAUCAGUUUCUGUUUUGCAAAAAAGAUGCUUUUUGGUUUUUUCUCGCUUAAAAUGUCAGCUUGAGCAAAAAAAAUUGACACAGCAGGUUUGGAAAGAUUUUCAAAGUUUCAGCGGACGGGGGGGGGGGUUACUGUGUAAUGCUGAUACUAAAAGCUUUUAUUUUUGCAGAGACUGACAGUGGAGAGCAUCUCUCAAGAAAGAAAUCCCUUAAAGAGAGCAUCCGUAGAUCAUUCCGCCGCUUGCGUUCUCGCAAAGGAUCCCGAUCUGGUGCAACACCCAAAAAAGAAGGAGAGGCCCCAGCAUCCCCCACACAGGAAGCAGUAGCAACACCUGUGUCACGGCUUGUGGAGGAAAGUCGUGUUGAUGAGAGUGUAUUGAGUAUGGUUCGCUGUUUGUACUUUGUGGACACUUAUAUCAAAGAUGGUAAGCCUUCACUUUUGUAACAAUGAGGGGAUGAAAAGGGUUCUCUGUGUGAUUACAGGAUUAAGCGUUCAUAAUUUUCGUAAAAGGUAAAUAUACAAAAUCUCUCUUUUUUACUUCAGAAAUUUCCUCGAAAUGUGAACACAGAAUUUUAAUCAAUGUGAUGUGGUUUUUUUUGUGCUUUUUAACAUCUGUAAAACAAGCAGAGGACUCCCCUUUACCCCCCUGAACAAUGGUAGUCCAGUCUUCGCAUAACUUUGCUUUGGGUACACUGCUGUUCAAAAGGUUACCGUUGUUAAACCAGGUAUAGAGUAUUUUCACUCAUGUGGUCACCAUCUAUGCGUAUAUGGUUUAAAAGAAAGCGCCUACAUAAGAAAAGAGUUUAACUCGCAUAGGGUUGGCUUGUAACACCAACAUGGCUGUCGUUUCAUUGUUUUGGAACACCAAUAUUGCCGCCGUGAUGUCAUGUGAAAAUGCCUAUGCAAGGUUAUCAUUAACACUAACAUUGCUCUGUCUACAUUCAGGAGUGCACCAUUGUCCCUCCUUGUGGGCAGGAACCAAUGCUGGGCACAUUUUUGUCUGCUACCUAACCAUCCCUGAAGGAGAAAAAAGAACAGAGGAGGAAGUUCAAGUUGAGAUCGGCAAGGAAAUCAAACUCAAACACAAAGCUCCUGUGGUUUCUAUGUUUGUUGUGGAUAAAGAGGGCACACCCUUGCUUAGUGAUAUCGUAGAGGAUCAAGGCAAAGGUAAUAGAAAUAUGGACAAGAAGCAAUUUUUUUGACUGAGCCAUAGUAUUCAGCCUUAACUUCAAGUCUGGUCAGAAAGUCCACUGUAUUGUUACCAUUAAAUUUAGCCAUGUUUGGAGUGAAUCCAUACCCCAGUUCCCGGUCUCCAAAGUUAUGGAAAAUUACUUAACCCUUUAAGUCCCAAUAGUGACCAACAUCAAUUUUCUCCUAACAAUAUCCAUACACUGUUAAGAGAUAAAGUUAUGAGAAUUAAUAAAAUGAUCACCAUAGAGAAAAUUCCAUGAUCUUUCAUCAAAUUCUCUCAACUAAUUCUUCAAGGAAAUGUAUGGAGAUCACUGUGGAGAAUUUGUAUGUGGAUAUUGGGGCUUAAAGGGUUAAUAGUGAUCUUUUUUCAGCCAGCAAUGCAUUGCAUUUUCUUGAAAAUAAGCAACAGCUGUACGAAUUUAGUCUGUUUGAUAUAACAAUCAACUUUUCAUAUUCUUGUGUUUUUGUUGUUUUAGUUUUCUUCAUGCAUGUCAUUUCAAGGUCAAACAAAAAUUGCCUGAUAUCAUAUUGUUCUCUGUAUUAUUUCUGUUGCAGAGCCAGACAUGAGUGGAACACAUUCUUUGGUUAUCUGUUCUGAGGAACAGUUUAAGGUGUUCAGCCUGCCACACUUGAAGGCUCGUAACAAAGAAAAGCUUACAGCUAUUGAUGGCUCCAGGGUUCGCAAGAUUGGCCUUAUUAACGUCAGAAGCAAGAACGAUGAUUCUGGAAUGGUGUAUCAUUGCCUGGCUUGUGUGAGCAACCAAGGAGAACUGAUCGUGUAUUCUCUUCCCAACUUGAAGGUACAAGUCAAGGCAUCAGCCAUGAGGAAGUCAGAUGUAGAUGCCAUUAAAUCGUUGGUGUUCUCAGUCAGUGGUCAAGGGUUCUAUCUCAGCUCACGAAGUGAGAUGCAAAGGUUUACACUCUCUGCAACAGACUUGUAAGUUUUUCCCUUUAUUGGUCUUGGCUGUUUUUUAUUAUCAUUAUUAUUAUUAUUAUUAUUAUUAUUAUUAUUAUUAUUUGGGAAAUGAUGGAGUACUGAUACAGUCAGUGUGCAAAGAAAGUCGUGUCCAAUAGCCCAGGGCUAGUGGAUUUUGCUAUCGCGCUAGUGUUUUUUGUUCUUAACUUGCCCGACAGGCAAGUGCUGUUUUUAGGGGAAAUUCAAAUUACAGAAGGAUUGUCAAUCCUGCUAAUCAAAAAGGGUUUUGGGGCUAGUUGAAAUGACUUGUGGGCCAGUACAUGCUAUCUACAGCUUGCCUGAAUGGCAAGCUGUAAAACUGACUUUCUUUGUACCCUGACAGUGUAUUCUUGUUGCUUCAAUAUUGAUUUUAUUUCCUUUGGGAAUGUUCAGUUACAUGUAACACAAGCACAAGUAUGUUAAAUGUACAAUAACUUUUAACUUGAGGUAACAUAAACAUGCUCAGAAAAGUAACUCUUUGAUGGUGCUGACAUUUAAAUUAAGCAUCUAUUCUAACCUGCAGCCAGUGCAAUGUUAUAAUCUAGUGGUUCAUUAACUCUUGGCUUGAUUAUGUUUGUACUUUGGCAGGUUGAAGCCAGACUGCGUGCUUGAACUUGCUGAAGGAAUGAGACCACCUGAGCCAGAACCCGAGACUGUUGCUGAAGAAGAAGAAAAGAAGUCAAGAAAGAGCUCAACAUCCAGCUCAUCGUCAUCAUCUUCAUCAUCAGAUGAUGAAAAGGAUGAGGAAAAGAAAAAGGCAAAGAAAGAGAAAAAAGAAAAGAAGAAGAAAGCCAAACUUGAAGCCGCUGCUGUAGCAGCAACUGCAACAGAGGUAGAGACGGCUGUGUCAGAGGAGGCUGAAGAAAAGAAGGAAGAGGCUGAAGAAAAGAAGGAAGAGGCAGAGGAAAAGAAAGAUGAGCUUGUAGCCAAGGCAGAUGAUGCUGCUGCCGUGGUAGUGAGUGGUGAAGGGGGAACAUCUGUAACAGAGAGGGUUGUUAUCUCAGAGCAAAGAUCAUUCACUCAUCAGUCCUCUACAUCCGAGGAGAAAGAAGCACCAGAAAAAGUGUUUGGUGAGGAGUCCAGUACCUUCUCUUCAACUAUGGAAAGUUCAUCUUCAUUUACCACCACCACCCGUGUUGUAACCUCCAAACAAGUCAUCUCUUCUUCAUCCACUACGCAACGAAUAAUAACAUCAGAAGGAACAACUUUCCAAGCAAUUGAGAAUGGAGAGUCUGAAAAAGUA